AUGUACGGUUCGUUAAUUGCUCGUCCAGUUCGACGCAUUGGCCGUAAAAGAAUGGGACACACUUUCUCAUCAGCUGCCGAGUCGCAGAAGACACCAGCUUCUACUCCACAGAGAACUACGAAGGCACCGGUGUGUGUUGACCCGCGAUCACCCAGUCAGGACAUUGAAAGAACUCCGAUUCAAUUCAAUUCGUCAUCCGGCACAACAAAAGUGAACCAACUCGCUAACGAACGAAGUGACGAUUCUGAGAACUCUAGCAAAAAUGAGGAGAAACCAGCUAAACAGAGCCUCCGUCAGAAAAUGUUCGCGAGAAUGAAAAACAAUAGUCAAGAUGUUGUCUCAGAAGACUGA